AUGUCUGGUGUGUGGGAACGACUAAUUCGAAGUGUGCGCAAAGUCAUGAAGGCUAUCCUCGGACAUCCACAUGCCUUUGUGGAUCGUGAGACGUUGCGGACACGUUUCGCUGAAGUUGUUGGUAUCCUUAACACCCGUCCGUUGUGUCCAAGCAGUGAUGAUCCAAAAGAUAUGGAAGCGCUAACGCCAAGCCAUUUCCAGACAGCACAGGUUCUAGCAAAUCAAUUUUGGGCUCGCUGGGUUCGAGAGUAUCUUCCCAUUCUUCAAGUAAGGAAAAAGUGGCUUGUGUCGAAAAGAAAUCUUCAAGUGAAUGAUCUCGUGUUGGUCGUUGACUCAACCCAGCCAAGAAGUCAUUGGAAUCUAGGACGUGUGACGAAGGUGUUUCCUGGCACGGAUGGUUUAGUACGCACAGCCGAAGUAAAGACCCAGUCGUCGUUACUAGUGAGACCGAUCGCAAAGCUUUGCUUGUUAGAAGAGACGAAAUGA